AUGAGCAAUUCAAAUGACAGGGAAUACCUCAAGCGGAGAGCAGUUGUGGCAUCUGCAAAGAACGCUCCGUUUUGGGGUGGAAUCAAUAUGUUGUCUUUCGUCAUCUGUUUAACCGACUUCAAAUACUCAAUUAUUUCAUCGCUCUUUCACUUGCAUUUGCUUGAGGACUUUCUCGCAAUUUUCGACUUUGCCUUGAUGCUGCUAUUUUUCGUCAACUUCAUCUACAAUACCUGGCUGUUUUUGUGGUUCAAGAAGUUUAUGCAACCAAUUGAACUUACUUCCAAUGAGUUUCUCCUGUUUGGCAUUUCUCCUCAAGAGAUAGGUUUCAAAUUGAAGGUUGAGGAGCCAAAGCCGGCAUUGUUGAAUGUUUCCACUGCAUCACUGAAAGCCGACGUCCUCUUCAGUACGCCAUCAAAGAAUCACUCAUUCAAUACUUCCUUCAACACUUCUUUCAACAAAUCUGCCAACAAUCUGUCAAACAAUAUCUCAAACAUGUCUAACAACAUGUCACCGUUUUCAAGUCCACAGCAGAUUCAUCAGCAACAGUUUCAACAAAAACUACUUUUCCAACACACAAACAGUCCAACUGUUGCUGAUCUUAGUGUGGGCAGCAGCUUCAACGUAUCCCAAGAACUAAAUGAACCUUUUCCAGAGUAUCGACCAGCCAUUAAAGUGUCAUCUCUUCCCAGCAGUCCUGAAAAGGCGGAAUCAAUCAGCUUUAGCCAUUCUCCCACCAUAAUGCAGGUGCUCAACAAGCUAAAUGUCGAUGACAGUCGACUAAUGCAGAUGGUGGAGAAUAUUCGUAAAUGGAUCUCACAAACAAUUCUCGUACGACUUGCCGCCGAAAUUGAUGCUAUCAACAAAAUCAUUGCAGAAAAAGGCUUCAUUGACUCAUCUAUUGGAGAAACGACAAUUCAGCAUCUUAAGCAAUUAGCAAGUGCCAAAAAGACUGACUUUCCAACACUAGAGCAAGUGUGCGCUUUUCUUGACAUAAACUCGCCAACCAUUGAAAACAACAUCACUCUGCAGAAGUACCUGGUUCGGCGAGUGAAGGACCUCGCCAAAGGCGGCUGCAUCACAGAGUUUCUCUGGGACGGUGGAGGCAGUUACAAUUACAAACACUGGAAAGAGGACAUGCUCACUGAUUCGGAAAUUAUUUUGCACCUCUUUUGUGUGUACAUGGACUCGAGAUUACUGUUCAAUCCGAUCGUCCCUGAAGGAAAACCCUUUACAAGUCAGCACUUGAAGCUUCACAAUGGCCCAACUCCCAAAUCGGACACUUACAUUCAGCAGAUUAAGACUUACCCGCCGUAUUACUCACUCGUGCUAAAGGGUGAAACUUUGGAUCUGCCACCAGGUCGUAAUAAUCUUUUUUACGCACUGCUGGUGUUUAUUCAUCACAUCAAAGUCAAGAACUUUGGUCUUUUAGGUCGCAUUAAUCUUGGACCAUCUGGACUGAACAUUGCCUGGGUUAUUGACAAAUAA